GAAUACGAACACAACCCUGCACCCGUUGGUUCACAGGGUGAAGUUGUCAACAGAAAAUGAAGUGGCACGAAACAGGUACCAUAUGCACGAAUGUGGUCAAAACCACCCUUACGUUAGCAACAACCUUAGACAAAUCCACCCCUAAAUAUCUACCACACCAUUUCUCUCCACUUCUCAUUCUCAACGAGUUCACCAUUGCGUCUCUCCAAUCCAAUGGCUUCCACGCCUUUCUCCACUCUCUGCCACUUCCACAAACCCUCCCUCCGCUUCCUAGCGUUGGACAGGUCCAGUUUCUGCGGCGCGUCGGCGAUCUCGUUCCCAAAAGUUCGGAAGAACCGCAAAAUGGGAACUUUACCCGUUUGCAGAAUUAGUUCUGCUGUCGCCUUCCGAGACCUCGACGCUGACGAUUUUCGACACCCGCUUGAUCAACAGAAUACGGUGAUACUGAGAGCGAUUCCAGGAUUAAACGAACUUGGAAAGGCUCUUCUAGGCACUGUAGCUGAGCAGGUUAUGCUCCUUGAGAACAUCGGGACAUCUGUCCUUGUUUCUAAAAGUCAGCUUCCUGAUCUUUACCACCUAAUGGUCGAAGCUGCAGAAAUAUUAAAUGUUGAUGCCCCUGAUCUAUAUGUUCGUCAAAGUCCUGUACCAAAUGCGUAUACUUUAGCUAUAAGUGGUAAACGACCUUUUGUUGUCAUUCAUACUAGCCUUGUGGAGCUCCUUACAAAAGCAGAGUUGCAGGCUGUUUUGGCUCAUGAGCUAGGUCAUCUAAAAUGUGAUCAUGGUGUGUGGCUUACUUACGCAAAUAUUCUAACCCUUGGAGCCUAUACUGUACCUGGCAUUGGUGGUAUGAUAGCUCGAACUUUAGAAGAGCAGCUAUUCCGCUGGCUUCGAGCUGCUGAGCUGACUUGUGAUCGAGCAGCCCUUCUAGUUGCUCAAGACCCUAAGGUCGUCAUCUCUGUCCUCAUGAAAUUAGCCGGGGGAUGUCCAUCUAUGGCUGAUCAACUAAAUGUGGAUGCAUUCCUGGAGCAAGCUCGCUCUUAUGAAAAAGCUGCUUCCAGCCCAGUUGGAUGGUAUAUAAGGAAUGCACAAACAAGGCAACUGUCACAUCCUCUGCCUGUUCUACGUGCUAGUGAAAUUGAUGAAUGGUCAAGAACUCCAGCUUAUAAAUCCAUUUUGAAACGUGGAAUUCAGAUCAAAGCAAUAGAACAAAGUGUCUAGCAGUGUGUGCAUGGAUUAUGUUCAAAGUGCUCGGCAACUCAAGGUUCUUCGUAGUGGCAGCAAGUGCUUGGUGGUUGAUGUUCAGAUUGUAGCAGGCUGCUGCAAACUUGUAGUGUAAAUCUAAAAAUGUGUAUUCACUUUGUAAUAUAAGUGAACCUGUAAGUAGAAUUUUGAUGACAUUGAUUAUUAUUUCAUAGAAAUAUUACCCCUA